CCUUAAUUACGGUUUUUAUUUAUCUACAUUUAUUUUACUUACAUAGUUUGCUAAUUAUAAUUUAACUGUUUGUAGUAGUUACUGCAAAUUUUUGACUUCUGAUUUUGUAUCAUAAUUCUAAAAUUUCACAGUUCAUAAUGAUUUCUUCAGGAUUCAGUGGUGCUUUAAAAUUAACCGAUUUAGACGAUUUUAUUACUCCAUCCCAGGAGUGUAUAAAACCAGUGCAAUUUGAAAAAUCAUCUCUAGGAACAGGAGCAAAAAUCAAAAUUGGAGACGAUGGUUCUUAUGUCCAAGAAUCUAAAAACGGCAAAAGUGAAAAAUUAAAACAAGUAGAAAUUUCUCUGACCGAUUGUUUAGCAUGUAGUGGUUGUAUAACUUCAGCCGAAACUGUUCUCGUUCAACAACAAAGUACUGAUGAAAUGAUGCGUGUUUUUGAAGCACAAAAUGCACUUGAUAAUAAAAAAUUCAUAGUUGUUUCUAUUUCUAUUCAAUCCUGUGUAUCAAUUGCGAAUAGUAAAAAUAUUACAGUCGAAUCUGCUGCAUCAAAAUUAUGUGGGUAUUUCAAAAAAUUGGGUGCAGAUUUAGUAUUGGAUAUUAAACUUGCUGAAGACUUAGCAUUAUUAGAAUCUCAAAACGAAUUUAUAGAAAGAUAUAAAUCAGCAAAAGUGUCAAAAGUUCAGACAAUAUUGCCCAUGUUAGCGUCCUCAUGUCCAGGUUKGGUGUGUUAUGCAGAGAAAACUCAUGGGAAUUUUAUACUACCAUAUAUUAGUCGUGUGAAGUCUCCUCAACAAAUAAUGGGUUCAUUUAUAAAAGAUUUUGUUUCAAAUUUGAGAAAUAAACCUAGAACUGAUAUAUAUCAUUUGACUGUUAUGCCUUGUUUUGACAAAAAGUUGGAAGCAUCGAGGGAUCAAUUUUUUGAUGUAAAUACUCAAACUAAAGAUGUUGAUUGUGUAAUUACUUCCAUUGAAGUGGAUGCGUUAUUGGUCAAGCAAGGCAUAAUUUUCAAUGAUAUAGCUCCUGAAAAAUUUGAUACGGGGAUGAAUAAUAUUACAGAAGAUAAUCAUAAUUUGUUUACUAGCAGUGGUUCUGGAUCUGGAGGAUAUGCACAUCAUAUAUUUUGUUAUGCAGCAAAGGAAUUAUUUAAUAUUAAUAUUGACAAAGUAGAAUUUAAACCUUUAAGGAAUAUAGAUAUGAAAGAAGCUACACUAGAAGUUAAUGGAGUUGUUGUAUUACGUUUUGCUAUAGCCAAUGGAUUUAGAAACAUACAAAACCUUGUGCAAAAAUUAAAAAGUAAAAGAUGUACAUACGAUUAUGUUGAAGUAAUGGCAUGUCCUUCAGGUUGU